UAUUGAUAUCGGUAUCGAUAUCAAUUAACUCGAUUGAUUUCAGCUCCUUUCAACUGUAUUGUUUUAUUUUAUAUUUGGGCAAUACUUACGACACUGACAUCGCACAAUAAAAAUAAUGGAACUGAGUUAGUCGUCGCCCAGGUCAGACUCGGAAAACAUGGCUGGAAUUUGUCCCCGGGAGGCGGUGCGGGUGAAAGUGAAGAAAUGCGAGCCAACUGCACGGCCAGAAUGGAGAAAGUUUUCCGUGGAUCCGCAGAUCACGACGUUGGAGGUUCUCUAUUCUCUGCUGGCCAAGGCCUUUGACGUCAAGUCGGACUUCUCCAUCAAGUACAAGGCCUUCGACCCGGCGGGUAACGAGAUCUACCUGGCAGUACGAUCCGAUUGGGAUCUGGAUGCCGCCUUCCUUCGGAUUCACAACAUAUCCAUUCAGACGGCAUCUGAGCCGUGCCUCAUCCUGCAGAUUGAUGUCAAACCUUUUACGGUGGUUAGGGAAUGCGAGACGGAAGCCUCUCCAGGAAGAUCAUCCGCAGGAGCACCUGCUCCUGCCACUCCUUCCGCUCCAACCCCCGCACGUGAGCUUAUGUCACCACUGCAAUCCUUAGGGGUCUCCCAGAAGUAUGUGCAGCAUAUGCAAACCAAACUGGGAAGCUCCAUUUUGAACCAGAUGGAGAAAACCUUUUCCAUCGUUCAGAAAGCCUUUAACCUGUCUGAGGAGCACAUGGCCAAUCUGCCGCCACGACCGCCCAUGUGCGACAGCGAAUUCCGGCUCUUCCUGGACGCGCUGGGCCAGAUUCAACGGAAAGAUGAACUGCACAGGGUCAUCUUCCUGGGAGGCAUCGAUCCCAGCCUGCGACGCGUCGUAUGGAAGCAUCUUCUUAAUGUUUAUCCCGGUGGUGCUAAUGGUCUGGCUCUGGAUGGCCACCAGCGCAUGGAGUUCAUGCGUCGCAAGUCUGAGCAGUAUUGCCGACUGCGGGACACCUGGAAAGCGGCCGUUAAGCGAGGCAGUGUGGCCGGCGAGUUGGCCUACGUUACAAGCAUGGUGAAGAAGGACGUGCUGCGCACGGAUCGCCUGCAUCCAUUUUAUGCGGGCAGCGACGACAAUCAGAAUAUAGCAGCGCUCUUCAAUAUCCUAACCACAUACGCACUGAACCAUCCCACGGUGUCUUAUUGCCAGGGAAUGUCUGAUAUUGCAUCCCCGCUACUGGUCACCAUGAAUGACGAGGCCCAGGCCUACAUCUGCUUUUGUGCCAUAAUGGCACGAGUGCGCGGAAACUUUAUGUUAGACGGAAUUGCGAUGACGCAGAAAUUUGCCCAUCUAACGGAGGCACUGAGCUUCUACGACCCGGAGUUCUGGGAGUACCUCAAAUCUCAACAGGCAGACGAUCUACUCUUCUGCUACCGCUGGCUGCUGCUGGAGUUAAAGCGAGAGUUCCCUUUCGAGGAUUCCCUGCGCAUGCUGGAGGUCCAGUGGAGUUCACUUCGAUAUCGGAGCGAUGGCGAGAAGGAGCUUCCACUUUUUGAAAAGGAAUUUGUACCAAUUACGGAAAGCUCCAUACCCAAUAGCGCCAGCACUUUCUCUAGCUCUUACAGCGCCACGCCGACAAGUCCAUCCUAUCUGCUAACCAAGCCGCGCGAAAAUCCAUAUACCAAGGUAUGUGCUUUGCGCCGCCAGAGUUCCUCAGCCUCUCUAAGCUCUCUUAGUUCAUCGUUGGGAACUACUGGCCAUGCUCUGGACAAUACAAAACGGCUGAAUCACAGUCUGGACGAUAAUAUGUCCCGUCAUGCAACCGCUGCUGCUCGUCGACAGAGACGCACUUCGGCCAAGGUUCAUCAGAGCCUUGACGAGUCUAAAAUGCUUGCGCUGAUCGAAGGAGCGAUGGAUAAUAAGAAUGUCAAGUUGGCGCAAGAUUUGUCUGCCGGGGAAGAAACAGAAGAUGAUGAUGUAUUUGAUAAGAGGGAGUCGCCAAGUUUUCUGGAAACCAAUCCUUUUAAGGAUGAUGCCCAGAGAACACCUGAGAAAGUAAACGAAACCACACCUGUGUCGCCAGGACGAGCCUUUCUGUGCAGUUCUUCCUCUUCGAUUCUGGACGAGGACACCAGCGAGAGGAACGCAAAGCUGCAGCACAAGAAUAUCUUAACCGUGAGCAAUAUUAUCGCCAAACAGCUUGCCACGAAUGCCAGCCAAGUGAGCGAAAGUAUGAAGCGAGUGAGUAGCACCAGUGGUGGUCACUUUAAGGAUCUCAAGGAAAAACUGGCGGCAACCAGUCGCAUUGGACUCUCCUUUGAUGGUGAAGGAGGCGACGAUGGCGAUCGAAAGAUACCGCCAAAGCUUGUGAAGAACUUCAAUGAAUUCCUAAAUUUUGCAACUAUAAAUAAGAAUCGUAUAUCCGAUCGUUUUGCCACUCAGCCACAACAGCCUACAGCUCCGACUUCGGUAACUAAGCCUUUGGUUCAGCUAACGAAGAGCGGACUGGGAAGCUCCCUAGACGAAUCCGAUUCCUCCUCAUUGCCGGAGACCAGCUGGAGCGCAUCCACAGCUGCAACGGCCAUUCAGCAGGCGCAGGAACUGAGCAGCUACAAUCUGCAAUUGGAUUUGGAGAGCAAUCGCACAUGCGAACCAGACGAUUCAAACACACCGGAUCAAGAUCAGGAUCCCGACCAAGAGUACUAUCCCAUGACGACGGCCAUAACUCGUGAACUACGCUUGGAGGCCGAGAAUUUGGAUCGUCAGGUAUUCGGGCUGCCCUUUACGGAGAGCGAAAAACGGGAUGACAUAGAGUACGAGAAGCUGGACAAGGACGCACUUGACUUAGUGGAGGAUCUAAAGGAGAACGAGAUCAUUACAUGUCCUGAUGUCAGUGAGCUACAUAUGCGACGUCGACAGCGACUGGCAGCCAAGAGCAAUAGCGUCCAGCAAAACGAGUCGCACGCCUUUAAUCCAUUCAUCGACGAAAGUCAGCUUCUUCUGGAUGGACACAAUCCACUAGGGAUGCGCAACAGCAGCAGUUUACCGGAGGUCAUUCUGCCCAUUUCCACGGAGCCCAGUCUGGUGGAGGUAUCGCCUUUGGUGGAAAUCGCCACAAAUGCCGAUGAUGAAAGCGCCUACGCUCGAUCCCCACAGCGUUCAACACAUCUUAAUGGUGUUAGCGCACUGAACGCCACGGCAGCUGCACUUCCGCCGCCAUCGGAAUUUGGUGGAGGCAACGCUUUCCUGAUGUUUCUCUGCUUGACUCUGCUGCUGCAGCAUCGAAACACGAUCAUGAAGGCGGGAAUGGACUAUAACGAGAUUGCAAUGCACUUUGAUAAAAUGGUGAGAAAACACGAUGUCACUCGGGUGCUCAAUCAGGCGAGGCGCAUGUUCGUGGAGUACCUCAAGGCUCAGAGCAGCCCGCAGCGCCAGAGAUCACCCAGUGGCUCUGUUCCCAAUGCAUCCACAGGCGCCAACUUGACCGCCUCCAUGCCGGCGUAGAGUGAUUACAGUUCUACCAGUUUCGGUGAAACCAUAGUAUUCCCAAAAUUUUGACUAUCACUUAAGUAAGCCAACCUUCUGAGUAUUUGUUCCCCGCUGGAUUUCCAUGACACGUUUUCGUUCUUGCAUUAAAUGGAAGCUUUAACUUAUCACAUACCUUGUUUCCAAAUUUAUAUAUUUGGAAUUCUCUUAUAUAACUAAAAAAAAUCUUUCAUUUUAAUAUUUAAACCUCAAGAAUUUAAAGAAAGUUUCACUUGAUGUAUCCAAAAACUCAAAGGUCCAAGUGACAGUUACUAGGAGUAGAAUCGCUCAAGGUGAACAGCAAUUGUAAAACCAAAGUCUUCUUUUUUGUACGUAAACGGAUUUUGUACUUUCUUAUUUUAAAUUAAGAUUUUAUUUAUAUAUUUAUUCCUACUUAUCUGUAUGUGCAGCUCUUCACCAAAUGAUCAUACGUGUGUGUUUGGUUUAAAAUCGCUUUAUUUCACUAGUCUGCUAAAGCAUUCCAUGCUCUUGUAAAGAUUUUAUUUUAGACUUAAAAAGGCGGUUAAAUAUUAAUUUAUGCAAUUAAAUUGACGGAUCUGUAACCCAUUUAACUAUGAUCUUAUUAUCUCUAAACGUUCUGUAUCUUAUUAAUCUCCAAACUUAAUCGGAAAACAAAGUAAUUUUGUAAAUUAUAAUUGAAACCAAAUGGUAAGAGUUAACGACUAUGCUAUGUAAAGUUACAAAAACCAACUUUUAAACAAUCGAUUAAUAAACAAAUUCGAAGUAAA